AAACCCCAAACCCACUUACUGUAUUUCUAGCUAAUUUUAGCAUGAAGAAAGCAUAAAGAAAAAGAAAAGGCAUCUGGGUUUUAUCAAUCAUUCACUUUUAACCCAAUUUUCACAGAUCCACAGCACUAUAUUAAAUAGUUAUUAAACCCUUUAUUCUUGCAAAAAAUUACCAACUUUGCAAUUUAGCUUUCACUGUUUACUGUUAGCAGUAGACCUAAUUUGACACUUUUCUCAACAAAACAACUCUUGUGUAGCUGCAGCUUCAAAUCCACUGAAUUCAACACUUGGGUUGCUGCAGCUAUCUUUCAAGAAAGUUGAUUCUCACAUUUUGUCAAGUGGGUUUUCCAAAUUUGAAUUUAUAAUUAGAUAACAUUAGUUUCUUGAAAAAGUUUGUAUCUUGGGAUAUAUUGGUUGUGAUUGUGCUAUUUUGGGGAAGAUUUGAGUACCCAGUUGUGAUUUUUUUGAAAGAGUUUGUAUCUUUUUCAGUAAAUCUAUGUUUCUUGAUUCUAUCUUGGGAUAUUUUGCUUGGGCUUGUGCUAUUUAGGGAAAGAUUUGAGUGCCCAGUUGUGAUUUUUUGUUGUAAAUUGCAUUAGUUUAUCAAGUGGUUGGUUGAUUUUGGUAAAGAUGAUUCAGUUGUUAUAUUUGAUCCUUUUUGCUGAGGGGUUUGUGGCAUUGCUUUUAAUGGUUGAGAUUAGUCCCUUGAGGGAGCUAGUUAUGAAUGGAUUGGAUCAAGUAAAGAUGAGAAGGGGAACUGUCUUGACUAUUGCUGGUACAAUGCUUGUGAUUUUAUUCUCGAAUUCUAUCAGCAUUGUCAAGAUUCAGAAUAAAGGUGCCAAGGUUGGUACGAUGACACCAAUGGAUCAGGUACUUUGGAGAACUCACUUGCUAGAGGCUUCUCUUUUGGGGUUCGUAUUGUUUCUUGGCUUCUUAAUUGAGCGUAUGCACUAUCAUCUCCGGAAAUUCAUUGAUUUGCGCACUACGGUUCAAGAUUCUAGACAGAACGUUGAAAAACUAGAGAAAGAGCAGCUGCAACUUGAAGAAAAUGAACAGAAAGCAAAAGAAGCAACAAAGCUAAUGCAAAAAGAGGUUUCCGAAGCAAUGAGGAAGCUAGAUAAGGUUAAGUUGGAAUCAAAAGAGAAGGACACUCGGGUCGAGACAGCAGAAGGUCAUGUAGCUGCUCUCCAGAAACAAAUGGCCGAUCUACUCCUUGAAUAUGACAGACUGUUAGAAGAUAACCAAAAUCUUCAAGCCCAUGCUGCCGGGAAAUAGAAGCAGACUCUUUGGCAGUACAACAAUUCAAGUUUUGGAUCAUGUACUGGUCAAAUGUGCUAUAGACUCCUUUAGGUGUUGCUCAACCAUUUUUAUAAAAUAGGACGAGAAAGAGGUAAGGUCUUCAGCCAGAGUUGAGAUGGAAAAAGGGUUGACUCAUCAGCUAGUGUUGUUGAAAUUUUGUUAUUAUUUGUUGUUCAAAUGUUGGGAGUAUCUAUAUUUCAUUUUAGUAUCUCAGCCUGCUUUCCACCUUUGUCUCAUUUAUUUUUCUUACUUAAAGGGUGAUUUAAAUUUAUAACAGAAUUUACGGAUUUUGGGUUC